AUGUUUGAUGGAGACAGAAGUCUUUCACAAUUCCUCGUCACGAUCCUCACAGUACCUCAAUUUGCCAACCACCCUGCAGUUGUUGACCUUCUGGCCAACAUAGAAUGUGCAAGGGAGGUUCAAGAGCUCACAAAAGUGGAGAAUGGGUCGCAUUUUAGCGCUGUGCAUGCGAAAGCUGAGCAAAUAGAGGGCUUCCAAAUUGAUGAUAUGGCUCUACAGAUCGCGGGAGAGGCACCAUGGAAAGUAGUAAUUGUUUCGCUUCUAAAGAAAAGCACAAAUCAGAAAGCCAACUUGCUGUCAAGCAUACUCAGAAUAUUUUUGCAUUCAACACAUGCACCGGAGAAAGUCAUUGAAACGAUGGCGAAGAUGGGUCUCUUGAUAUCCGUUGAUGCAAUUCAUGAUACAGUCCGUUCGCUAUCUGCAGAAUCAAGUCAUGUGCUACAAUAUCUUGGACAAACACUUCUAGCGGCGUAUGCAUACGAUAAUUUCGACAUCAAUCUGAAGUCCACUGUUCCCACUGCAGAAAAAUCUACCGACACUCUGAAACAUCUGACAUCGGGCUUACUGUUUCCCCUACAACAUGGAGUCACUCGUGAUGACCUAAAAUGUUCCUAUGAACUGUGGCGAAAAUCACGACUCAACCCUCUAACCCCCCAGGUGUUGGAACAAAUACCAGUUGCAAAAACUCCAAUCAUACCAGCCUCGGCAAUGGAUGUCAACAACUCAACGGUCGCAGGAAACAUUCAGGCAAUUGAGAGAUUGAUGGCGCAAGGUGGUGUCUUUGAUCCAGCGGAUGUGGAGGAUGGCAAGUCGCCUGAUGUUACAGAGUAUGUGGUGCUUGUCCAUGGAGAUCUGGGCAUGGGCGAACACAUUUCGUCGAUGCAGCAACGUCGGUCCAUUGAAACAACUCCGUGGCGGCGAUUCCAACACAUAGUCUUCAUGCCUGGCUUGUUCCACUUGAAAAUGGCAGCCGCAGAUGCAAUAUGGAGGGCAUUAAUCCGGCCAAUGUCAGCACGUCAGGACCAGACGAGUCUGAUGCACGAUAUUGCACAGCUGCAGCCACGUGAAACAGGGAUUUUCGGAUCCAAGCCUGGGUUCCAGAUGAUGCACCAGCUCAUUGUCCAUGAUGGGAUCUGUCGGCGUUUGGAUUGUUGGCGGAUAGAAGUUGAAAAAAUAAACAAUGCUCACAAAACGCUCGAUGACUUUGCCAUUCUAAAACUGAGCCUAGAGGAACUAAAGGAGAUUGCCAACCGACUCGCUCGAGAAUAUAUUGCUACCUACAAGCUAACACGAGCUCGUCGGCAGCCUGAUGAACGACGAGAUAAACAGUACGAGAACAACUUGCUGAUUAACAAGUAUUUUCUAUUGUAUGAGGAGCUAUCCUAUGCGAUGAACAUCGGAGACAUUGCGCACGUUGAAACCUGCAUCAUCGCAUGGACAUUGAUCUUCAAGGCAACGGGCAAACAUAAAUAUGCCACAUGCAUGACAGAGUUUUUGAUAAACUUGCACUUCAAUUAUCCCGCGGGUUUGCAGAAAGCAAUACAGUACCAUUGGCUAGUCAACCCAACCGGAAAACCUGAACGCUUCCGUGCCAUUGACUGGUGCAUAGAGCUCAACAAUCUAUUCAUCAAAGUGAAAAAUGGAGGGAACGGCUCAAACCAUAGUGUCGCGAGGGUCAUUCUCGAGUCGCCUCUGGUUGAAGUCUAUCGAAAUGCCCAUUCCGUCAUCGAAACUAACUUCAUGCACACUGGGAGAAUGAGUUUGCAGGCUAUGCCUGAUAUGAAAAAAACAUUUGAAGGACUACUAAUGAAGAUGCGAUCAUCAUCUCCACACAUUCAUACACCCGGACAACAAAGCACAUACUUAGUCCCAGAUCUUCUUGACAAGGGGCACGAGCUAUUUGAGAAAGGAUGGAAGGGAAUAGGUACAGAAGACGAUGGUAAAAUAGUAGAUGAGGUAGAGCAACCUACAACUGAAGACGUUGUAGGAGAGUUAUAA